AGUUUUCGAUCUCAGAAUCGAUUUGUUUGUUGUUAUCUCCUCCGAUCGUGAAUGAUUAAAUGUAUAUAUGUAUGUUCAGUGAUCAUCUAUAAAGGUGAGUAGAAACCUAGAUUCACUGUGGCGGUUACAUAUUCUGGAUAUUCGUUAAGAUGAUCGGAGAUUUAUGUUUAGUAUAUGAACAAUGGAUAGUAUCAGUACUUUAGUGAUGGAACUUGUCUCAGAUGUAUAAGUGUGAGAACUAACCUAUAAUUAACUUUAUUAGAGUCAGAGAUAUAACUUUGAAUUAACUUAGGCCAGGCUGUAUUGGCUUUAGAUAAGGACGUUGACCUGAAAACCUAAUUUGUGGCCGUUGUUUGGUUAUGCUUUGUUGGAGCUAAUUUUAGCUUUUGAAGAUUUCUAAUUAUGUAAGAUUAAGACCAAAAGUUUUCAAAGGUUAUAUAGAGUCUGCUAAGAUAAUGUUGAAGAGUCUUGUUCAUCAUCCAUACAAAGAGAGCAGAGGUUGGUUGAACCCUUUUUUUCUUUUUUUUUUCUCAAAAAGGUUUAUAUAAAAUUAAAGACUUGUUCAUCAUCCAUACAAGAGAGGAGAGGUUAACGGUUAACGUUGUUUUUUCAUUGAAGGUUCUUUGCUUUCAUGCAAAUGAAAGGGUAACCAAAGGCGGUUUGGGAUUGGUUUAAGUUCAGUAUGAAUCCUUGAGAGAUAUUUGCUUGGCAAAGAUGUGAAUUACAAAACCUAUUGUUUCAGAGUUCCUGAAUCCGUGCAGGGAACUUGGUCUCUUUUUAAAGUACACGGAAGACGAUUUAAAGGUUUGAGUUUCCAGCUCUGGAGGAUUUAGAAAGAAGCUGUAUAGUUUGGUAUGUCAUUUGCUAGUGUAGCUCUAUGUCCAGCCUUGGAAGAAUUUGUCAACUUCCCACGGUUUGGUUUGAACUUAGACGACCCAAUCCUGAUAUUCCUUAACAUCGCCGAAUCUCUGAACCCGAUGCGGGUCAUGGAGUCAGAUUCUCUUGCGUCCGUGAAGCUGACGAUUCAGAGUAUCAAGGGAUUUUUUGUGAAGAAGCAGAAGCUGCUCUACGAUGGUCGAGAGCUAGCUCGAGAUUACGUUCUCGCGAACGAGAAGCUGUUGCGUUUGGUUAUUAAGCUUUCUGAUCUCCAAGCCAUGACCCUUGGUGGUAAGGCGAUUGAGCUCUUUCUUGAGAGGAGUAGAAGCGUUGGUUACGUGAAGCAGAAGUUAACCGAGCUCGGGAGUAGUGCAUUGUAUGAUGGACUCACGUUGGAUGGUGAAGAGCUAGAUGAUGACCAGAGGCUCGUCACUGAUCUCUGUAAAAACGGAGAGAAUGUGAUUCACUUGCUGAUUAAAAAUCCAUCUAAAGAUUUCUUUGUGGAGCCUCUUGCUGUAAACCGUGAGAUUGAACUGACUUCACUUCUCAAAGAGCUUAUCAGCUCAACUAUAGAGGGCUUAGAGAAAGGAAACGCCCCCAUGAAAUCAUCUGAUGGGUCGGGGGGAGCUUACUUCAUGCAAGAUCAAUCCGGACACAAGUACGUAUCCGUCUUCAAACCAAUAGACGAGGAGCCAAUGGCUGUGAACAAUCCACACGGACAACCUCUUUCAAUCGACGGGGAAGGACUUAAGAAAGGCACACAGGUCGGUGAAGGAGCUUUUAGAGAAGUAGCAGCGUACAUAUUGGACUAUCCCAUGACCGGACCACGAACUUUUUCUAGUGACCAACCCGGUUUCUCUGGAGUUCCACCAACAGCAAUGGUCAAAUGCUUGCAUAAAGACUUCAACCAUCCUAAUGGUUAUAGUUUCUCUCACGAGAACGCAAAGAUUGGUUCGUUGCAGAUGUUUGUGAGCAACGUUGGAACUUGUGAAGAUAUGGGAUACGGAGUCUUCCCUGUUGAGCAGGUUCACAAAAUAUCGGUUCUAGACAUUAGGCUUGCUAAUGCAGAUCGUCACGGUGGUAACAUUUUGGUUAGCCGAGAUGGAAAUGAUGGUCAGAUCGUGCUUACACCAAUCGACCAUGGUUAUUGCUUUCCAAACAAGUUUGAAGACUGCACAUUUGAGUGGCUAUACUGGCCUCAAGCAAAAGAGCCAUACUCUUCAGAGACACUUGAAUACAUUAAAACCUUGGACGCUGAGCAAGAUAUUGAGCUUCUUAGAUUCCACGGUUGGGAGAUUCCGUCUUCAUGCGCCCGUGUCUUCCGCAUCUCGACAAUGCUUCUCAAGAAAGGUGCUGCGAAGGGUCUCACACCUUUUGCCAUCGGAAGCAUAAUGUGCAGAGAAACACUCGAGAAAGAAUCUGUGAUCGAACGAAUCAUCUGUGAUGCUGAAGCCAUCGUGUCCCCAGAGACGACAGAAGAGGCGUUUAUCAGCACAGUCUCUACUAUUAUGGAUCGCUACCUCGACCAGUACUCUCUGAACUGAAAAAUAUCGUUAUUGCAUACUCAGGAUUUCGCUCACUACUCUUACGCAAGAUGUAUAUCCCUGUUCAUAAAAAAAGUAAUAAGUGUAUCAAUGCCUUUGAACUCAACCUUGGUUUUUGGAAACAGUACGUGGGUUGGGUUUAUAGAAUGGUCAUGUUUCUGUGUUUCUGGGUUCAAUAAGGUUCCUGUGUUACUCAUUUCAGCUAUGGAUGAUGAACAAGCUCAUUUUUAUAUAUACUAAAUUACUAAUA